AUGGCCUCAUCAAUGUUGGCGAUCACGGCGCCAAGCUACACCGACCCUUCGGGAUACCAACUCUCUACACUACCCCAACCAAUUAUCUCCGACCCUACGGAGGUACUAUUUCGGGUUCACGCAGCGAGUAUCAACCCAGUCGAUGUGAAGAAAGCGGCUGGUAUUUUUAAGCUUGCGGUAAAGGAGAGCUUUCCUUACCAGAUUGGUUAUGAUUGCGCAGGGGUCGUAACCCAAGUCGGCAAAGACGUAAAAGGCAUCAAAGUUGGAGACGAAGUUUUUUCUCGCUUACCAGAAGCAAGCCGAGGAGCAUGGAGCGAAUAUGCCAAGUGCCCGGAACGUUUUGUUGCAUUGAAGCCCAAGAACCUUUCAUUUGAGAAUGCUGCAUCGUUGCCGUUGGCCGGCAUGACGGCGUUGCAGACAUUAAGUCGAUAUCAAGGUUCGCUUGCGGGCAAAACGGUAUUCGUUCCCGCGGGCUUGAGUGGCACAGGAGCAUAUGCUUGCCAGCUGGCGAAGAAGGUUUUCAAUGCCGGCAAGGUGAUCACCACCGUCUCGACUUCAAAGGUUGAACAAGUGCUCAAGUUGUUGGGCGAAGGCACAGUCGAUCAAGUGAUUGAUCAUACCAAGGACGACCCGAAAAAGGUGAUUCCACGCGCAUCAGUAGACUUCAUCUUAGACACGACGGGUGAAGCUAUGUCUUUUCUCCAUCUCAUGGUUCCGUCAACCAGUAUGAUCGUCUCCAUCGCAACGCAGCCAUCUGGUACCCAGCUUCAGCAGUCCAGCGUGAUGAAACGACCUGACAAUCCGCGACUUCCGUGGUUUGGGCGCUUGUUCUUGGAUAUAUUCGACACGUAUCGCAGGACACGGGCUCGAAGAUGGGGUGUGGCAUACGAGUAUUUGUUCCUUGACCCCAACGCGAAGGACCUCGAGACACUGGCUAGAUACGCGGAGGAGGGAAAUAUUACGCCGGUCGUUGGGUGUACGGUGAAUCUCAAAGAUGUUGACGAAGUCAAGGCUGCAUGUGGGACAGUAUACAAUGGGAAAGGAGGGGUAGGCAAGACAGUGAUCAGGAUUGGGUAG